GAACAGCAACAUAGUCCCUCGCCGAUAUCCUCAAUCUGUUUCCGUGCCAAGGCCGGUGCUUCUCUUUGUCUUCACCUGCUAUUGAUUACCAUUCUUAGGCUGUGACUGUUUAUUGAGGCCUUCCUUCGUCCACCCCACCAUCACUCCCGCAUACAAAUAAAGCCAUCAUGCCUCUCACCCCGGGUGAAGGCCAUGGCCUGAAUGAUUGUGAAGGCAGGGAGCCCUGAAAUGCCACAAGUACCAUCAGCACAAGAUCAAUGGCCUUCAAUAAGAUCUUCCCUCAUCACCAACAUCAUGACUACGAGCCCGUUCCCAAGACGGAGACCAGCGGCGACGGCACCACCCCCACAGCCCACGGUUCACGUCGCCGCUACUCGGUUCAGCAGUUCCUCAAGCGGAACCUGACGGCUAUCACGAUCUCGGGCCUUCUUCUGGUGAUAGUCCUGCUGGUGCUCGCCGUCAUCGCGGCCAUCACCAUCGAGCCAUUCCGCCAGAUUCUGGUGGUAAAGCUCUCCUCAACCACCUCGACAAGCAGCGGCCAACGCCAAUGCUUUUCCACAAACCGGCACACCACGCUCUCGUGCGGUAACUCCACCGCCGAAGCCACGGCGCUGGGCUGCUCGUACGACCCUCUGUCCGCGUGCUGGCUGCACAAGGACUGUCCUCAUGACUAUGCCGAGGACUUCGCGACCUUCAACGACGGCAAGCCCUUCCAAUACUAUUAUGAUCAUGAGAUGCAGCACCCUAUGAAGGACUACACCGAGGUGGGCAACAAUGAGCAAGGCUACUAUUUCACUGUCACCCGGGAGCAUUUGGUGCACUGCCUCUUUCUGCUCAGGCGCGGUCAUGAUGUCUAUAAACGGGGCGAUCGGGUGGAUACCAUGCUGGCGGACACGGGCCAUGUUGCCCACUGCGCCAAUUUUCUGGCAGACUACUUGCGGCGGCCGGACCCAUAUUUGGACUCAUUGGGAACGCAGGGGCAGACGAAUUGUUUCAUGUCUUGUAGCUGA